UUUUUUGUCAGACGACUGCCCUCGGUCGGCGUUCGCUACUCGAGUGUGGGAUUUAUUUGUAAAGUGCGGGCGUCGCGAAGCAUGAAAUGCCGCGAGUCUUGAACAGGGAUGAACCUGAGUGACGAGGAAAGAAAGCCGCCGCGUCACGUCGACGCAGCGGUGGCCGGCGAGCCGGACGACGCGGCCUACGCCCUCAGCCUUCGACUGUCCCAGUUGUUCGACCCGAUCGCCGACAUCGGCCUCGCCGCGCAGCUGGACUUCAAUUCGCCGCCUUCUCCCGCGCCGGCCGGCGGCGGCGCCGCCUCUAGUCACGCUGGCCAUCGCAUGUCGGACUAUGAUCAACGGGCAUCGACGGCGAGUUCAUCGUCGAUCCACUCGGUGUUGUCCGAUUUUGCCGGGGAUUUAGAGGAAGUCAUCGCUUCGCCGAACUCGUCGUGUUGGGCCUUGCUGUCGUCGACGAAAGACGUCGCUACAAUGUUCGGCGAAUCGAGCGGGAAGAACGCUGACGACGGGUCUGUCGACUGGCAAGAGCGUUGCCUGGAAAUGGAACUCGCUCUGGAACGAUUCCGGGACCACACCGGAAAAGUACGCGAUCUUUUCAACGAGAAGGUAUUGUUGUGCCAAUGGGGUUUGUGUCCUCCGCUGUUCAAUGCGUUUGCCAAGCCCCGUGACAUUCUCUCUGACACUGGGUCAUACGACACCCGCGAGUGGUGCAUAAGGGGAAGCUUUGUUGACAUAUGCGCUGAUCUGCAUUCUGAAAAUAGCGAAGUUGAGGAAUGUUCUAUUGUUCGUGAACUGAAGAGCUUGUUGCAAGCAUUUUUCUCCCGGCGCCGAGCGAGAGUGCGGUGA